UAUUAUUCUCAGGUUUCACUGCAAUUGCUUGACCUUUGCUCAACACUUCAUAGCCUAGCACCGGGUAUUUUGGCUCACUGGGCGAAAUCUCAACCAGAAGUGGACGCAUCCAUACCGCACAUAUGGUGCACGGUUUGGCGACCACUCUUGCAAGCAAUAGCCAGGCUGGGAUGCGACUGUCGACGACUGCGAGCAUUCCUGCCAACGAAUAUGGCCAAUCUAGGAGCAGCCGAGUGGGAGUCGUGUUUUGGCGAGGUUCUGUUUCCAUUACUGGGCAAGCUAUUGGACGUGUUCUCAGCGAUGGAUCCUAUUGGUAUGGAAGACACACGAGUACGUGCGAUGCAGAUUGUAGCUAAGACCCUUCUAAACCAUUUGUCGCCUCAACCGGAGCCCAAGUCGUUGACGUCGGUGGCGUCGGCAAGUCGAAUAGGAGGAUCGCGAGUUCAAAUAGCGCCUGCUUUACCGUCACCCGCUGAGGAAUCGUUACCGUUUGCAACAACAACGCCCGCUUCACAGCCAGCAGCAGCACCAGACACCUCAGUCGCCGACUCGGCGCCCUUAUCGACCGUUCCUGCAUCGGCGGACCACGCUCAUCUUGACCACGAAUCAGCCACUGUCCCGUCUGCUGCAAAGGUUCCUGCUACAGCACCUGUGAAUAUACCUGAAUUGACGGAGGUAAUAGUGCACUCGGGCGCCGUUUCGCCAGCAUCUGCGUCGUCUCCUAUAACCGGAUCGUUACCACUUAGUACUGCUUCACAGUACAGCAUGGUUUCAACCGCAGCCGACGCAGACGUGGCUUCUGAUUCGACUGCCCAGUAA